UCUCUUUUCUCUGUUGCUUUAUCCUUUCCUUUCCUUUUUUUUUUCUUUUUGAAUGAACAUCUUUUGUUGGUUGACAACGCUCCUUUUUACUGGUUUAGUAUUAGCACAAGACGAUGCAUUUGACAAGACUAUUGAUCGAUACAGUUUCAAGACAGUCAUUACAAAUGCUUCAUUAAGUGGAUUCACAAUUGAAUAUAAAAACUAUUACAAGAUUGUGACAAACACAAUCACUUCAAAAUCAUAUUGUCUUGUUGGAUUUGAGCAAGCAUUACCUGAAGGCUGUCAUGCAGAGACAACUAUUCAUAUUCCUGUCAAAUCAUUCUCUGUAGAGGCUGAUUCUUAUAGUGUCGUGCCUUUUAUUGAACUGCUUGGACUACAAAACAAUAUGACUAAAACGCCCACUACCAACAUCAGUUCACCUUGUGUUCGAGAUGGAAGUGCAGAUACAAGCAUUACUUCACCUGACAUGGUCUUCUCUUCUUCUUCAAAUUAUGGUGCUAUGUAUGUUGGAUUCUCCGCAGACAAGGAUACACUACUUCCUCUCCAGAAAGCAUCAUGGUUAAUGUACAUUGGUGCUUUUUUUGACUUAGAACUCAAGUCUUCUUCUAUUUACAACCAAAUCGUCAAUAACUACAAUUGCCACAAGAACAACUUGGUCUCCAACAAUAUCCCUGUGUCUUUUACUACAUUUGAUCCAUCCCAUUCUCUUUUUACUGUCCAUAGUGAUAUUUAUUAUCACCAAUUAGUUCAAGAUGCAGGUGGUCGUCUUGUUGCUACCAAUGUGGCUCAACCCGAUACAUUUCAAGUGAAUGUGAGUACAGACCAACUCAAUCUUGCCAUUGCUCUUCGUGGAGCAGAAUUUAUUAUGGACACAAGUGUACCCAGUCUAGAUUAUGAUACAUGGCUUACAGCAGAUAAACCUUAUUUUACAGCAGACAACAAGUAUACUGAAGUGGGUGCUGUGAAUAAUAAUAAGGUGUAUACAGUACAUCGAUUGGUGAACACAAACCAUAUCUCUGGCAAGUACAACCAAAAUAUAUAUUUAUAUUCAUUUAUUUUAGACUGGAAUCAACGAUCUGCUGCUCGACCUGACCUUGCCUUAUUAGACCUAAUUAAACUCUUAUAUCCUGAUUUCUCUGUUGCUUCAAAUAGUCUGUUUCCUCUCUGGUUUACACCUUACAACAAAGUAAAUCAAACAAGACAAGUGUUGACAACAGACAUGUAUGGUGGAUGUCAAGACAUAGCUACCAAUGCUUUUGCUCAAUCUCAGUGUACAUUAGGAGCAAGUAUAGGUAGUACAUUUAUUCCAAAAGCCGAUUUAUCGAAAGAAGGGAAAGCAGGUGUGUCUGUUGGUGUGGUGUUGUUUUUUGCUGGUCUUGCGGGUCUAUGGUUGUACCGAAGAUAUCGUCUUGGUAAGAAAAGACAUCAUUUCUAUCAAAUGGAAGAUUUUUAGUGGUACUAGAGGGCUUGGCUUAAUAAAUGAUUCAAUGAUGAGUCAUGAAAAUAAGAUUUAUAUUUGACCUUAAAAAGGCAAGUUUAUGAUCUCAUUACUAUAAUUUUUUGUAAUCAAUACAAAAUGAUAUUUUUUAUUUUUCUAUACAGAGAGAGAGAG